UUAUUAUUUCAUACCUAUCUAUAUAUACACAUCAAAUAUUUGAAUGAAAAAAUGCAACACAAAGGAGGAAACAACACAACACAAUAUUAAGGUGCAAAAAUUGUCUAACAAACAAUUAGUGAAACAUGGGUGAAGCUAAGGAAAUAUGGUCAGCACCAAUAACACCUAGAACUGGAAAUUCAUUGAUGGGAACACCUAGGGUUGCAUCACCACCAGUGUCAUGUCCACCUUCACAGCUUCAUUCACCAUCUCUCACAAGAUCACCACUACUUCAAUCAGAGAAUGGAGAUGCACCACAUCCUAAGAGUAAGACUCCAAAGACUCCUAGAACACCAAGAAUGUCUUUGACACCAAGGUUUAUUACCCCUUUGGGAAGUCCUAUGAGGAAAGCUUUGAGAUUAACUAAGCUUGAUCCUCAAGAUGCUUGGCUUCCAAUAACUGAGUCAAGAAAUGGUAACAAAUAUUAUGCUGCUUUUCAUACUCUUUGUUCUGGGAUUGGUAUUCAGGCUCUUGUUCUUCCUGUUGCCUUCACUAUUCUUGGUUGGACAUGGGGAAUAUUGAGCUUGACAAUAGCAUUCAUAUGGCAACUUUACACCUUAUGGUUGCUCGUCCAUCUUCACGAAUCCGUCGAGAACGGUAUUCGCUACAGUCGAUACCUUCAGCUUUGCUUCGCCACUUUCGGUGAGAAACUUGGGAAAUUACUAGCAUUGUUUCCAAUAUUGUACCUAUCAGCAGGAACAUGUACUACAUUGAUCAUCAUAGGAGGAUCAACAGCAAGAACAUUCUAUCAAGUUGUAUGUGGAGACCAUUGCAAUCCCAAACCUAUGACCACAGUUGAAUGGUACUUGGUCUUUACUUGUGCAGCUGUGGUCCUAUCUCAGUUACCAAACUUGAAUUCAAUUGCUGGAAUUUCCCUCAUUGGAGCAGUCACUGCUGUAGGGUAUUGUACCUCCAUUUGGAUUACUUCUGUGGCACAGGGUACCCUACCAGGUGUGAAUUAUAAUCCUGUGAUGGGUGAAAACAAGGUUGAAAAUGCUUUUAGUGUGCUUAAUGCCCUUGGUAUCAUUGCUUUUGCCUUUAGGGGUCACAAUCUCAUUCUUGAAAUUCAGGCUACUAUGCCUUCAAGUGAGAAGCAUCCAUCACAUGUGCCCAUGUGGAAAGGAGUGAAGGCUUCUUACACACUCAUUGCUGCCUGCUUAUUUCCCUUAGCUAUUGGUGGCUAUUGGGCUUAUGGGCAAUUGAUUCCUGCAAACGGAGGAAUGCUUACGGCCCUAUACCAAUUUCAUUCUCAAGACGUAUCAAAAUUUGUACUUGGAAUGACCAGCUUUUUCGUAGUAGUAAAUGGUUUGUGUUCAUUUCAAAUAUAUGGCAUGCCGGCUUUCGAUGACAUGGAAUCAGUAUACACCACUAGAUGGAAGAAACCGUGCCCGUGGUGGCUUCGAGUAAUUUUCCGAGUCUUCUUCGGGUUUUUGUGCUUCUUCAUAGGAGUUGCAAUUCCAUUUUUGUCUAGCUUAGCUGGUUUGAUUGGAGGAAUAGCAUUGCCAGUGACAUUGGCAUACCCAUGUUUUAUGUGGCUCAAAGUAAAGAAACCAAAGAAGUAUAGUUUCAUGUGGUAUCUCAAUUGGUUCUUGGGAACAUUUGGAGUUGCUUUAAGUGUCAUAUUAGUUACAGCUAGUAUAUAUGUUAUUAUUGAUACUGGUGUUAAUGUAAGCUUUUUCAACCCUCAGUAGUCUCAACUAAAGAGGGAAAAAAAUUACUAGGGAAAUAUAUGCGGAUUUCUUAGGAAGAUUACAAUUGAAGUUGUAUUUUUUUAAAUUAUAUCUUAGAAAUUCAAAAUUGUAUACUCAAGUUUGUAGUUGUAAUUUUUUUUUUAAGUAUAUCUAGCAUGAUUGCAUAAUUGAAGUUGAUAUACUAGAUUUUUUAUUUAUGAUGA